UGCCAGGGAAGAAGGAAUGGUUUUUCUGCUGGGUCUUUUAGCAAUCGGAGUCUUCGGGUCUUCGUUGAGCAUCGCGAAGGAACUUCCUGCUGCUGCCAGAGGUGGUGUCGUGACGAAUGGACACGAAUGCGCCGGCAUCGGCAGGGAUAUGUUGGAGAAGGGAGGAUCCGCUGUGGACGCUGCGAUUGCGGCCCUCCUGUGCGAGGGCGUCUCCAACCCCGAAAGUACCGGCCUCGGCGGUGGUUUCUUGAUGACCAUCUACCACAAAGAGUCCGGAGUUGUCGAGAGUCUGAUAUCGAGAGAAACCGCCCCCGCCGGCGCCACCGAAAACAUGUUCGCAAAUGAUCCCAGGAAAAGCUUAGAAGGCGGUUUAGCUGUCGCCGUUCCAGGAGAACUGCGCGGUUUCGAGGAAGCCCACAAGAAGUACGGAAAGCUUCCGUGGGCCGAUCUCUUCAAACCGACGAUCAGACUCUGCCAGAAAGGUGUUAAAGUCACCAAGCAUUUGGCUGAAGUCUUCAUGAAGAGCAAGGAUAUGUUAACCGAGAAUCCCAGCUUGAAGGAGGUCUUCGUGGAUCCCUUCUGCGGAGAACCGUUCACCGAAGGCCAUUUACUCAAGAGACCGAAGCUGGCGCAGACGUUGCAAAUCUUCGCCAAAGAGGGUGCGUCCGCUUUGUACAACGGUUCGCUGACUAAGAGAUUCGUCCAGGAUAUCGCGGAUUUCGGUGGGAUUAUAACUGUGGAAGAUAUGAACAAUUACAGAGCUCGAUGGUCGGAACCUGUGACUGCUGACCUCCCUGGAAACCAGACGCUUUACACGGCGCCUCUUCCUGGUUCCGGUUUGGUGAUGAGCUUCAUCCUGAAUCUGGUGAAGAACUAUUUGAACACCGACGAUGCGAACGACGUGACCAAUUGGCAGAGGAUCGUGGAGAGUUUGAAGUUCGGUUACGGCAAGCGAACGCAGCUGGGAGAUUCAGAGUUCAUCGAAGGAAUCCAAGAGUUGAUCAAAACCUUGACUUCGGAUAAAUACGUGGAGGAGACGCGCGCCAAAAUCUUCGAUAAUAAGACUUUCAGCGAUCCUCAGUAUUACGGCGGUGAUUACGCGCUCAAAGAGGAUCACGGUACCGCUCACAUUUCAGUCCUUGCGCCCAAUGGUGAUGCCGUCUCCGUUACCAGCACUAUAAACUACGUAUUUGGUGCGCAAAGACGAUCGCCUUCGACGGGCAUCAUCCUCAACGAUGAGAUGGACGAUUUCUCUUCGAGUUACUCGAAUUCCUACGACCUUCCCCCAAGUCCCGCCAACUACAUCAAACCAGGAAAGAGACCGAUGUCUUCGAUGUGUCCUAGUAUUAUUCUCGAUAAGGAUGGUAACGUCAGGCUGGUGAUUGGAGCUGCUGGCGGAAGCAAGAUUACCUCUUCAGUUGCCCAAGUGACUAUUAAGCAUCUCUGGUUCGGGCAAAGUUUGGACCAGGCUUUGAACGGUAAAAGGCUUCACCAUCAGCUCUUCCCCAUGCUUCUCAGCUUCGAAAAUGGCUACAAUAAGGAUAUAGUUGAAGGUUUAAAGAGUAUCGGGCACAGCGUCGAGAUGAUAGAUUUGUCGAAUGGUUUUUCCGCUGUGACGGGGAUAGCGAACGUGAGCGGCGCCAUCGAGGUGGUGUGCGACUCCAGGAGGACCGGCUCCGAAAUCUACGUCUCGUAAAAGCAAAAGCAUAGAAUGGAGAAACCUGCUUCACAUACAUUUUAUACAUAUAAUACAAUUGGGAUGGUGUCGCAACGGAACGCUUUUAUUAUAUCAGACCCGUCGUCGGCAUGGCACACUUUUCGUUAACUCAUUGAAGGUCCCACACGUCCAUUCAUUUGUUGCGGGAUCCCCCGGGCGGGCACCUCGUGCACACCGAAAAUAGAACAUAAAUACAUGCACAAAAAAACACUUUCACCGGUUCAAUUAUUAUUAUAUUGCACGAAAAAAAAAAAAACAAAUAUAAUAAUGAGAGAAUAAAUCAUCUUAUCUGCUCAUUCAAGUAUUCCCGCUAAUCGUUUUAUAUUAUAUAGUGUAAUCCGUGUAAUUACAAUAUCACG